AUAAUAUCUUACACGAAUAGUCGGAAUGGAAGUCUGUUUCCGUCAACUUAUACUCUUGUGAAAACACAGCAAGAAUUAGCCCGUGUUCUACAAGCAGAACUCAUCUAUGUAUUCUGGGUGAUACUGGCAAAUACUGCCCCUUGCUCAACGUUUAGCAGAAACCAAUUCGAUACAAAGUCAGGCCAACGAGAUGGCAUAUUUAGUAACUCGUGUACAGCUGCCGAAGAUCAGAAUCAUGCCAACUUUGACGUGCAUAUACAGAAUAUUUAG